CUGGAAAAAUCCCAAAAUUUUCUACUUACUCUUUUUCCCCGCCAUUUGAAUUUAUCCCAUUAGGGCUUCAUUUUCCCCUCAAAUUUGAAAAACUUCUUCUGCAAGAUUCAGAUUCACACUCUCAAAUCCAAAUUUUGAUGUCAAUUAACAGUUAAACACAGUGUUAAAUAAGCGUGUUUUUUUGCGUGAGCUCCGUUAAUGGCGAAUUUUUCAACUGGCAGUGGUGUACCUCAAGGCAUAAGCUUAUCGAAUACGGUGCACUCCGAAACUGCGCCGUCGUUGCCAUUACCGUCGCUUCCAGUGUUCUGCGGUGCACUCGAUCAGGACCUUCGGUUGUUCGACGAAAGCGAAUCGAGAUCGUUGAAUCGGAGUGACGUAAUCAGUCACGCUGUCAAAAUUGCUGAUCUGCUUCACCAUACCGACGUUUCUUAUUUGAACCUUAGAGCUGAUGCGAGUCCUCAACCGUAUGGCUUUGUGGGGAAUCUGGACCUCUAUAAUGAAGUGCUUAGAUGUAACUCUGAAGCCUUCGCUUGCAUAGGUGCAGGCCACAUUAAGGAGACUGCACAAAAUCGUAAGGCUGAUUCGGGUCCUCUUAAGAGCAUACCUGCUGUCCAACUGCCACAACGAAGCACUGUAGAGAUCCACGAUUAUCAGCAUGACCAUGUUACUAGUGAUGUUACCGCAUCUUCUAGGAAAUCAAAAGUCAAGAAGAAAGGAAGGGAGAACAGUAUACUAUCAAGUGGUCCUGAUGCUUCUGAAUGUCAAGAUGCAGUUGCAGCAGGCUUUUGUGAGAUUUUGGAAGAUUUUUGUGGCAGAGCAGAAAAUUUUGGUGAUGAGCGGGAUGAAAGAGAAUUUUUACCAAUGUCUUUGGCAGAUCUUAAAGUUGUUCGGAAUGAAAUCACAUCUAUCCGAGCAAAGAAAGCACUGCAUUUGAUUCCAGUUGAUACUCUAAUGAGAUCACUCAGGGUCUUAGAUCACCAGAUUCAUCGAGCAGAAGGUUUAUCAAUUAAUGAUUAUGAACAGGUGGAUACAGAGGUUGUGUCAUCGAUUUUUUGUGCUUUAGAGUCCAUUCAUGCAACUUUAGCUAUAAUGGCUUACCGUGGGAUGCCUAAGCAGUUAUACAAAGAAGAAAUCAUUGAAAGAAUCAUGGACGUCUCUCGGCACCAAGUAAUGAAUGUUAUAUUUGGUAGUGAUCCCGUAUACCGUGCGCUGCACAAACCAGCCGACAUAGCGGUUCCUGAAGGCGAAGAAGAUGAAGAGGCCGAUGGGGACUUUGUUUCACCAAAUAAGAAGAAGAGAUCUAGGAGUGUGAAACCAAGGAAAUCAACAUCAAACAAGGUUUCUUCUGCUGUUAGUGAUAUACUUCAGAAGCUUUGUGUGAUUCUUGGUUUUCUUAAGGAGUUGGGCACGAUAGAGCGCCUACCUGACAGUUGCAUUCUCCAGCUUAUCAAGACCUGCUUCACAACGCUUGUGGUUGAGAAUAUCCAGCGUUUGCAAUUGGAAUCAAUAAGCUUAAUAAGUCGGAUAUUUUAUGCAUACACACAGCAUCGUGCUUACAUAAUGGAUGAGGCACUUCAGAUUCUUUUGAAGUUACCCUCUUCAAAGCGCAUGCCCAGAACUUAUCCGCUUCCUGAUGAAGAGCAGAGGCAAAUUCAGCUCAUCACUGGCCUUCUGAUUGAAAUAGUUCACAGCAGUUCAAACCUUCCGGAUGUUCUGAUGGAAGCAUCUGACAGUCCUUCACUGGAAGUCUCAAUUGAUGCCAGUUACCCUAUCAAAUCCUAUGAGUCCAUCACUGAAGCUUGCUGUCUUUUCUGGAGUCGUGUUCUUCAACGUCUAACGAACACAAAAAAUCAAGAGGCAGCUGAGUUGAAGACAAUGAUUGAGAAUCUUGUCAUUGAUCUGUUGAUUACUUUGAAUUUGCCUGAAUAUCCUGCCUCUGCUCCUCUUCUGGAGGUUCUUUGUGUUCUACUUCUUCAAAAUGCUGGGUUGAAAUCUAAAGAUGUUUCUGUUCGUUCAAUGGCCAUUGACCUUCUCGGCACAAUUGCUGCAAGGCUGAAACAGGAUGCAGUCCACUGUAGGGAGGAGAAAUUCUGGAUUGUGAAGGAGUUGAGAAGCGAGGACAUGAAUGACCGGACUCUUCCCAAGGAUGCAUGUUCUGUUUGUUUGGAUGCCAGAGUUGACAAAUCACUUGUUCGAUGUCAUGGUUGUCAGAGACUAUUUCAUGUUGACUGUACCGGAAUUAGGGGUCAUGAUGUUCCUAAUCGCGGCUUUCAUUGUCCGAUGUGUUUCUCUAGGAAGCAACUUCUUGUAUUGAAAUCACAUUGCGAGUCUCAGUCCAAGGAUGCUAGUCAAAAUAAUCGUAACAAGUCAGGAAAGACUUCACAAGGUACUGAGGCAAUCACAAAUUUGGAGACUGUUCAGCAGCUACUCCUGAAUUAUCUCCACGAUGCUGCGGCUGUGGAUGCUGGACAUCUGUUUACUCGUUGGUUCUAUCUUUGCCUUUGGUACAAAGAUGACCCUAAUUCUCAGCAGAAAUUCAUGUAUUAUGUUGCUAGAUUAAAGUCACAAGCAAUUGUGCGUGACUCUGGUUCUCUUUCUUCACUAAUGACGAGAGAGUUGGCAAAAAAGCUAACUUUAGCAUUGGGACAGAAUAGUUCUUUCUCUAGAGGAUUUGACAAGAUUCUGCAAGUGCUUCUGGCAAGUUUGCGAGAGAACUCUCCAAUCAUUCGUGCAAAAGCAUUGCGAGCAGUUAGUAUCAUUAUAAAUGUUGAUCCAGCGGUUUUGGGUGAUAAGCAUGUCCAAACAGCAGUGGAAGGGAGGUUUUGUGACUCCGCUACAUCUGCCCGAGAAGCUGCAUUGGAACUUGUAGGCAGACAUAUUGCUUCCUAUCCUGAUGUUGGUCUGAAGUACUUUGAGAAGUUGGCGGAAAGAAUAAAGGAUACUGGUGUAAGUGUGCGGAAGCGUGCUAUCAAAAUCAUUCGGGACAUGUGCACCUCAAAUUCUAGCUUCUCGGAGUUCACUACUGCUUGCGUUGAAAUUAUUUCCCGAGUAAAUGAUGAGGAAUCCAGUGUACAGGACCUGGUCUGCAAGACACUUUAUGAGUUUUGGUUUGAGGAGCCUUCUGGUUCACAGCAUCAAUUUUUCGGAGAUGGAAGUUCUGUUCCACUUGAGGUGGCUAAGAAAACAGAGCAAAUUGUUCAAAUGCUCAGAAGGAUGCCCAGUCUUCAACCUCUUGUAACUGUUAUUAAACGCAACAUAGCUCUUGAUUUCUUUUCACAAUCUGCUAAAGCUGUUGGCAUCAACCCUGUGUCCCUUGCUUCGGUCCGUAGGCGCUGCGAGUUGAUGUGCAAGUGCUUAUUGGAGAAAAUACUGCAGGUGACGGAGAUGAAUACUGGAGAAGGAGAGGUGCACAUGCUACCAUACAUGAGGCUCUUGCAUGCCUUUUGUGUUGUUGAUCCUACUCUAUGUGCACCAGCUUCUGAUCCUUCUCAGUUUGUGGUCACGCUACAACCUUAUUUGAAGAGUCAGGCUGAUAAUCGAGUUGCGGCCCAGCUUUUGGAGAGUAUAAUAUUUGUAAUUGAUUCUGUUUUGCCUUUAUUACGGAAGCUUCCUCAAAGUGUUGCUGAAGAACUUGAGCAAGAUCUGAAGCAAAUGAUUGUUCGGCAUUCUUUCUUGACUGUUGUCCAUGCUUGCAUCAAGUGCCUUUGCUCUGUGAGUAAAGUUGCUGGAAAGGGUUCAACUGUUAUUGAACACCUUAUCCAGUUAUUCUUCAAACGCCUAGAUGCCCUAGGUUUCAGUAAUAAACAGAACUUUCAGCAAGUGGGCCGGUCUCUUUUUUGCUUGGGUUUGCUAAUACGUUACAGUAGCUCUUUGUUAUAUGUAUCUGGUUCCAGUAACAACUCACAUGUUGCUAGCAGCAUCAACCUGUUUAAGAGAUAUCUUCAGACCGAGGACUAUGUUAUCAAGGUCCGCUCAUUGCAGGCACUGGGCUAUGUUUUAAUUGCUAGGCCAGAAUGUAUGCUGGAAAAGGAUGUAGGGAAAAUCUUGGAGGCCACACUUUCUUCUAAUACUGAUCCACGACUCAAGAUGCAAUCACUGCAAAACAUGUAUGAGUAUCUUCUUGAUGCUGAAAGUCAAAUGGGAACAGAUAGUGGAAGUGAAAAUGAAGUAGCUAAUACGGCAGUUGGUGGCCCUAGUGUGCCAAUUGCUGCAGGGGCUGGUGAUACCAAUAUUUGUGGGGGAAUAGUUCAAUUGUAUUGGGCUAAAAUCUUAGAAAGAUCCUUGGAUGUGAAUGAACAAGUGCGUCAAUCUGCUCUUAAGAUUUUGGAAGUUGUAUUGCGUCAAGGUCUUGUCCAUCCUAUUACUUGUGUUCCCUUUUUGAUAGCGCUUGAAAUAGAUCCUCAGGAGGUGAACUCAAAGCUGGCUCAUCAUUUGUUGAUGAACAUGAAUGAGAAGUAUCCGUCCUUCUUUGAGAGCCGUCUUGGUGAUGGUCUACAAAAGUCAUUUAUGUUCAUACAAGCCAUGAAUAAAGGUGGUUCUCAAAGUUUAAAUGCUCAGUCUAAAGCUCCAGGCAUCAUGUCAGGAAAGUCGGACCCUGGCUCAUUUGAUCAUGCAAAGCAUGGGGUGUCUAGAAUCUAUAAGCUCAUCCGUGGAAAUCGUCUUUCAAGGAACAAAUUUAUAGCCUCAGUUGUGCGCAAAUUUGAUACACCAAGCUCGAGUGAUUCAGUAGUCUCGUUUUUGAUAUAUUGCACUGAAAUUCUCGCUUCACUUCCAUUCACAUCGCCUGAUGAGCCCCUUUAUUUGAUCUAUUCUAUAAAUCGGAUUAUUCAAGUUAGGGCUGGCACAGUGGAGGCAAAUAUGAAAGGAUUUCUACAAUUUUUACAAGCAGGUAGUCAAAAAGUAAAUGGAAGUGGGAGCAUUCGAACAGAGCCCACUCAACCUAUUAAGUGUGAGACUGAAACAAUGGUUACCAACGAAAUCCAGGAAGGGUUGGAAAGGGAUCGUGUCUGUGUAGAUUAUGGAUCAGUGGAUUCAUAUAUGCCCCAUCUGGCAUCAUUAAAUCCACAUGGCAUAUCCAAUGUUGAUUUGCACAUGAUCCAGGUGGAAUGUCUCGCAGCCGGUGCUUUACAGUUGCUUCUGAGGUUAAAGAGGCACCUCAAGAUUGUGUAUGAUCUAAAUGAUGCCCGUUGUCAGGCAUAUUCUCCAAAUGAACCCCCAAAACCCGGGGAAGGUCUUUCAAGGCAAAAUCUUCAGUUCAAUUUGAAGGAAAUUAACAUUGACCCCCCAAACAAUUAUGAAGACUUUGUCCGGAGAUAUCAGGAUUUCAAGAAUGCCAUGAAGGAAGAUACAGUGGACUAUGCAGUAUACACAGCAAACAUCAAAAGGAAACGCCCUCCUCCAAGAAGAAGUAGGAAGUGUGGUCGAAUGAUGGGUGGUGAUGAUGAAGAUGAUGAAGACGAUGGAGAAUGGGGUAGCGGAAUGAGAACUAGUAAUAGUGGUAGUGGCAGAAGAAGCAGUAGCAGGUUAAGGCAGCAAUACGAAAUGUAAAUACUUACAGGUAACACUAACAUGUACAGUAUGCAGGAAGACAGGUAAAUGACAAAAGUAGCAAGAACCAAAACAGAUUUGUAACAUCAUCUAUAGAAGUUAAGAGAUCAUAACCUGAGGUGCCAGUACUAAAAGUUGAAGCUUGGAGCUCCAGUACGUCGGUGGUGUGCUCCAUUUAGAAGUCAUGAUUCUCGGAGGCACAAAUUUUGGUGACGACCUCCAACAAGUAGCAAAAUUGAAACUGAAUCAUUUCCUUAUUAUUUCUUUGGGGGAUUUUAAAGGAGGGGAAGAAUCUUCUUGAGCUGUAGGUUUCUCCAUUUUCUGUACAUUCUAAUAGAUUCUGAUCUCAUUUGGAAAUGAAAUCACACCAUUGUUUUCGUGUAGCUCUUUUUGAACAUCUGUUCUGCAAGUCAUAUUUUAGAUUUUAUAGACGUAAAAGAGCAGAAAAUUUGUAAGGUAAAAACUUACUCGCAUCAUGUGUUUACCCAGUUUGUAUUCUUGUGUACUUACGGGUCAUGGAGAUAGAUAGGAGGUCGCUCCCAAGCAAGGCCUGUAAAUAUGCAGAACGUCAGAAUACUUUCUUUGGAACAGUGCAUUAUAUGAUAGUAUUCUGAUAAUGAUGAUAAACUGAUAAGAUCUUGUA